AUGUGUGUGUUGGGGAACUGGUGGGAGAGGAGAGGGGAGGAGAGGAGAGGACCAGUGACUGAGGCAGAGGAGACAAGUGCAAAGAGGCUCGGCGCUGAACGGGACUCCGCGUAAAUAAACGCAGCAGACGGUAUCGCUGUGUCGCAGGGGAGUGCAGAUACUGAACAGGCUUCGUGUUUCGCAGCGCAAAGAGAGGAGAUAAGAUUGAAGAAAACCACAGAAGAAGACGAAUCAGAGCACUAGCCAGGAAGGAGGAGGAAAGAGGGGAUUUGAGUUUCUCUGUUGUGAAUGUGCAUGUGUCCUGUGACGGUGUGACUGAGCAGAGAGGCGGGGCGUUGCUGUAUUUGGGGGCAGACCUUUGCGUCACACACUGAUGAUGGAGAGGAGAAGGAUGGACGCAGCACUGCUGGUGCUGUUCCUGGUACACCUCGCCACUGCACUGGAGGUCCCACUAGAUCUUCUGGAAGGACUGCCGCAGCCACCAACCAUAACUCACCAGUCCCCCAAGGAUUACAUCAUCGACCCAAGAGAGAACAUUAUAAUCCAGUGUGAGGCGAAGGGGAAGCCUCACCCCAGUUUCUCCUGGACCAGAAAUGGGACCCACUUUGACAUCGACCAGGACCCCAAUGUAACCAUGAAACCCCAUUCUGGGACUCUGGUGGUGGACAUCAGCAGAACGAAGGCCGAACAGUACGAGUGUGUGUACCAGUGCACAGCGAGAAACAAACAUGGAACAGCUGUUUCCAACAACAUAGUUGUACGACAGUCCAGGUCCCCCUUGUGGUCAAAGGAGAAAAUCAAGCCAAUUGUCGUUCAGGAGGGCGUGUCCUUGGUGCUGCCGUGUAGACCCCCAGCUGGCCUGCCUCCUCCCAUCAUAUUCUGGAUGGACAACAACUUCCAGAGGCUACCUCAGAGCAGAAGGGUAUCCCAGUCCCUGAAUGGAGACCUUUACUUCUCUAAUGUACUCCGAGAGGAUUCCAGGAAUGACUACAUCUGCUACGCCCGCUUCCCGUACACACAAACUAUCCAGCAGAAACAACCCAUAACCGUCAAGGUCCUUAAUCUGGAUGCAAUCAAUGACACAAUGGCAGCUUUUUACAAUGACACUGAUUUAUUUAGUGAAGACCCAGCAGAUGAGAGAAAGCCAACCUUCCUCAUUCCAUCUGGCCCCUCCAGCUCCAAGAUGGUGCUGAGAGGACAGGUGCUGGAGAUGGAGUGUAUUGCAGAAGGACUGCCCACCCCUGAAAUCUCCUGGACCAAAAAUAGCGGCGAUCUCCCAGUUAAUCGCACAUCUUACCUGCACUACCAGAAGACCCUACGUAUUGUGAACGUGUCAGAAUCAGACGCAGGAGAUUACCGCUGCACCGCCAGGAAUAAGCUUGGCACGGUGUACCACACCAUCCACAUCAUGGUCAAAGCUGCUCCGUUUUGGAUCAGUGGUGCCCCCAGAAACCUUGUCCUAGCUCCAGGAGAGGACGGUGUGCUGACCUGCAGGGCCAGUGGCACGCCCAAGCCCUCCGUCACCUGGGCUAUGAACGGCAUCCCCAUAGAGAAUUCCCCCAAGGAUCUCAGCAGAAAAGUGGAGGAUGACACCAUCAUCUUCAGUGUUGUGCAGUCUGGAUCCAGCGCCGUUUACCAGUGUAAUGUCUCCAAUGACUACGGUUACCUCCUGUCCAACGCCUUUGUCAAUGUCCUCUCGGAGACGCCUAGAGUGCUGACACAAGCCAACAAAGUGUACCAGGUCAUCAAAAAUCACCGGGCCCUCUUAGACUGUGCUUCCUUUGGAUCACCCAUCCCUAGAAUUACAUGGUUUAAAGACAGUCGGUCAAGCACUCUUGAUGGAGACCCUUACAUGCACCAUGACAAUGGGACUUUAGAGAUUCACGUGGCUCAAGCCCACCAUAGUGGCAAAUACACCUGUGUGGCCAGAAAUACCCUCGGUAUCUACGAGAAUCACGUCUAUUUGGAGGUCAAAGAUCCCACCCGAAUUCUGAAGCAGCCAGACUACAAACAGGUCCAGAGGGGCAGGUCUGUAGUGUUUGAGUGUAAGGUGACAUACGACCCCUCACUCCAGCCCACCGUGACCUGGCUCAAAGACGACGGCGAGCUGCCCGAUGACGAGAGAUUAAUAGUAGACUUUGACAGCCUCACCAUCACAGAUGUGACAGAGAACGAUGCAGGGGUGUACACCUGCAUCAUGAACACCACUCUGGACCAAGAUUCAGCCAGGGCUGAGCUCACUGUUGUCGGGGCCACGCCAACACCAGCUGUUGUCUACGAACGACCCGACCCCCCAACUGACCUGGAGCUGACGGACAAGAAAAAGAGGAGUGUUCAGCUCACUUGGACCCCUGGGGAUGAGCAUAACAGUCCUAUUCAGAAAUUUCUGAUCCAGUAUGAAGACUCACUGCACCACCGAGGACACUGGCAUAAUCUCACCGAGGUCCCUGGAACCAAGACGACAGCUCACCUCAAGCUGUCACCCUAUGUCCACUAUAUCUUCAGAGUGUUGGCCGUCAACUCUGUGGGUUUCAGCCGCCCCAGCUUCCCCUCCAGAAUGUUUAAGACAGAACCUGCAGCUCCAGACGAAAACCCAACAGGUGUACAUGGAUUUGGAACAGAACAUGAUAAUCUUGUAAUCUCAUGGAAGCCGCUGACAGGCCUCCAGUCUAAUGGUCCUGGGCUUCACUAUAAAGUGAUGUGGAGGCAGAAGUUGAUGGAGAGUGAUUGGACCAAAGUGACUGUGGCUAACAACUCCAAGUUUGUUGUGUCCGGAACGCCCACAUUUGUUCCGUAUGAGCUCAAAGUUCAGGCAGUGAACGACCAUGGAGCCGGACCCGAGCCUGCUAUCGCCCACGGCUACUCAGGAGAGGACUUGCCAGUAGCAGCUCCAGAAAACGUGCAGGCCGUGUUGCUGAACAGUACUCUGUCAGAGGUGCACUGGGAUCCUGUGCCCCCCAAAUCUAUACGAGGACAUCUGAAAGGAUAUAAGGUGUACUACUGGAGAGAGCGUAGCCUCCACAAACACAACCCUCAUCAUGUGGAGAAGCAGAUCCUGACCUUCAGUGGGAAUCACACCCACGGCAUACUGCCUGGCCUGCACCCCUUCAGUCUCUACUCAUUUAAUGUCCGGGUUUAUAACGGGAAAGGAGAUGGUCCCCCAAGCCCCACCCAGCAGUUUGAGACACCUGAAGGGGUGCCGGGUCCUCCCACUUCCCUGGUAGUCACCAACACCAACAUGGACACUCUAACCCUGGAAUGGAAUCCUCCUCAUGACCGUAAUGGACACAUCACUGGCUACACCCUCAAAUAUCAGCCAGUCAAUAACUCCAAUGAGCUGGGCCCAGUGGAGGAGCUGGCCCUGCCCGCCAAUGCCACCUCAUUCACUUUGCUGAACCUCAAGUACAGCACACGCUACAAGUUUUAUUUGAAUGCGAAAACAGUCAGGGGAGCAGGCACGGCCAUUUCUCAGGAAGCUGUCACCAUCAUGGACGAAGCUCUUAUAUCACAGCUUGAUGUAGAUGAGGGCACAGGAAACACGCAAACCCCUCAUUCCAUUGCACGGUCUCCUCCACGCCGUCCGCCCCACAAGGUGCGGCCUGUGAGUCCUUUUGGGAACGUUAGCUCCUCGUCUGGAGAGGACGGGACCCUGAUCAGUUGGGAGUACUGGGGCCCGGAGAAAAACAUUUAUGUAGAAUACAUAGUGAAAAACAGUGAAGGUGAAGAGAAGUGGCAGAAAGAGCUUGUGAACGGCUCUCAGAACGUUAUGCUGAAGGGCUUAAAGGAGGGCCUCUCCUAUAGGGUGCGUUUGGUGGCCAAAGGUCACCACGACCAGCCGCUCCACCGCUCUGAGGAGCUGUUGGUCUUGGUCCCAGCUGUGACGAGUAGACAAGUGGACAUCGCCACUCAGGGAUGGUUCAUUGGUCUCAUGUGUGCCAUCGCUCUGCUCAUCCUGAUCCUCCUUAUCAUCUGCUUCAUUCAGAGGAAUAAGGGAGGGAAGUACCCUGUCAAAGAGAAGGAGGAUGCACACACAGACCCAGAGUUCCAGCCCAUGAAAGACGAUGACUGUACUUUUGGGGAAUACAGUGACAAUGAGGACCAUAAACCGUUAAAAGGGAGCCGCACGCCAUCUAAUGGGACAGUUAAGAGAGACGACAGUGACGACAGUUUAGUUGACUACGGGGAAGGAGGAGACGGACAGUUCAACGAGGAUGGCUCGUUUAUCGGCCAGUAUAGUGGAAAGAGUGUCAGCAGAGAGACUGCUGAGGGCCACGAGAGCUCGGAGGCCCCGUCCCCUAUUAAUGCCAUGAACUCCUUGAACUCCUUUGUGUAGCCAGUCAGUCCUCACAGACCAGUGUGAGGCGCCACACUGACUGCUUAAUCCCUGAAUCUCCCUUAAAGGGGUGUCCCAACACCUCAUGGCUUUAUGAUCACAUCUCCAUCCCCAGUGCCACACAUGA